AAUAGACGCAUAUUACAAAACAAUAUAAAUAUAGAUAGAGGGGGAGGGGGAAUACAAUAUAAGAUACACGUAACACAGAAACACAUUGCCCCUAGAACAUAUGCUCCCUAGAAAAGCAUUAAACUAAAAAGCUUCAUUUAAGAAAUCUAUUUGACAUUCAAUUUAACACGCAAAAGGAGAAAGAAAAAGUGUGUGUGGGGGGGGGACACGAGGUCGGGGUCCAUCUAAUCCCAGGGCACUUUUGGGUAAAUUGUCCUUACUUUGGUAGAACUAUGUACAUACAGAAUUCACCACAAAUUGCUCAAAUUAAAAAUUUAAACUUUGUAUAAUUUCACACAAUAUUUGUAAAGGUUAAGUAGAGGCUCUGUGUUAAUAUAUUCAGUGAUUGCCUAGGCCCUAAGUUGUCCUCUUACACCGUGCUGAACACAGUUUACUGCCUUCUGUAUUUAAGUGUUUUGUGGCAGCAUUGGCCUACUUGAAGAUAACCUGCCCACACACCCAACCUCACUUAACAUCAUGAGUCUAAUUACCAGCAGGAGAGACAAAAUGAGAUGCUACAGCGAGGGGCUGCUUCCACACAGAGGUGUUACAUUUUGUAAAUGUCUGUAACUACCUGCAACAUAAAUUAUAAUUUUGUUGAGUUUAGUGUUGAUGUUGUUGUUUUUAAGAGCCCAUGCCCAUAAAACUCCUCAUUUCAGCUACAGCUACAUUUGGUUGAAGGAACCAUUAAGACACUGAGAAUGUCUUAGAAUUUUCUUUAAAUGAAAUGUUGGGUCUUUAAGGAAAAUUAAAGUAAUUCUGGAAAAACCCUUUUAUGUCCAUAUCUGAUUGUUAAUUAUAGAAAUAUUUCUGGGCUGCUCUCUAAAUGACUCCGUCUAUCACACCUCCUUGAUUCUGAUUUGUAUACGUGUCAUGUCUUUGUAAGGCAGACAGGUUCUGACUAAAAUCAUGACCAGAAAGAUUUGAGGCGACAAGCACGUGCAGAAUGGAGGUUGUUGUGUAUGAUUCUACACGUCCGCAGUUCCAAAGUCACAGCAGAGUGAGAGAUUCCUGCUUUUUACCUUCAGCUAAUCUACCCUUGAGGAAUAACUCUUUCCAUUCAAAGAUCUGCAGAGUCCGAUACUGACUCCAGAAAGCUCAGCGACCAGCCUUCUAGUCAGGUGUUAUGAAGACAGGAGAUCUUCAAAGAAUGCCAAAAGGCAGGGCCCAUCUGAGACGGGUGUCCCACACUCCUCUUCAAGACUCUGGACAGCCCUGGAAGUCCCGCAAAAAGUUCCAAGUUAUCAUCUGUGUGCUGCUUGUGGAGCUCUGUGAGAGAUUUGCUUUCUUUGGGAUUGUUUGUAACACGAUUCUUUUCUGCACUGUGAAGCUGGGCUAUGAUAACUUCCUGGCUGCAACGGUCAACCUGUGCUUUAUUGGAGCCAGCACCCUGACACCUGUUCUGGUGGGGUGGUUUGCAGAAACCUGUCUGGGACAGACCAAAGUACUGUAUCUAUGUGCUGCCCUUCAUUUCUUCGGUACAGCGAUGCUGCCUGUGGUGGCAUUUCCUUUUGAAGAUUUCUACAUCGACACUCAUCACAUGACACACCAACUAGAACCUCAUGAGCAGCAGAUCUUGUUCUACGUUGGGCUCCUGGCUGCCGCAUUGGGGAUCGGGGGCAUUCGGGCUAUCCUGUGCCCAUUGGGCGCCUACAGUCUCCAGGGCUACAACCAGCACCGACUUUUGUCCUUUUUCAACUGGUUCUACUGGUUGGUAAACCUGAAUUCCACCGUUGUUUUUUUGGGUAUUGCUUAUAUCCAGCAGUCUGUGGCCAAAAAUCUAGGCUUCCUUAUCCCUUUCACCUCUGUUUUGCUGGCUCUCAUUGCCAUACAUAUGAUGCGCAAUAAACUCACCUACAAACCCAAGAAAGGUAAUGUUCUCAGUGAAAAAAUAGAGAAAUGUUAUGGUGUUUCCAUCACAGGUGGAUCUUUGCUGACCACACUUGGAGUCUUCCUCAACUCUUUCAAGAUGUGCUGCCUCCACUACAGGCACCUGAGCGGAGAUGUUACGUCCUGGUUGGACCGGGCCAAAGAGAACAAUGGUGGUCGGUACAGUGAGACGCAUGUGGAGAAUGUCAAAGUCCUGGCAAAGCUUUUUCCUCUUUAUGGGCUUCAACUGUUGUACAGAGUUUGCAUCACACAGAUUCCCUCAGGUUACUACAUACAGACAAUGAACUCCAACCUUCACCUCAAUGACCUGCUGUUGCCCAUCGGAGCAAUGAACGUGAUCAGCAUCCUUCCUCUGCUGCUCCUAGCUCCGCUCAUGGAGUGCGUCACCACCUGCUUCCUUUCUGUGGAAAAGACUCCGCUGGCUCCUGCUAAAGUCAUUAGUGAGUUUUUACACAUGCACAAGUCAGGGAAAAUACAUUCACUUGACAGUAAAAUAAUUCACCGUCUCAUCCUCCAAUUUUCCACCUGUAAUCGCAAUCCUCCUUCAUUCCAGAGCCUCUCACCCCACCUUGUCCAUCCUCCCCUUUCAGCUCUCGGCCAUGUGUGUGCCACUCUGUCAGUUCUGGUGGCAGGCGUGUCUGAACUCCAGAGGAAGACCUACCCUCUGGUGGAACAAACUCUUUCUGGGAGAGUAUUGCAAGUCUCAGCCAUGCCGUGUUUCCAGCUGGCACCACAGUACAUCCUGCUUGGUUUGGCAGAGGCAUUGGUUACACCUGCUUGUUCCCUCAUAUCUUUCCAGCUGACUCCCAGCCACAUAAGGGGUAUCUCUCUGCACUUCCUCACCCUGUCUUAUGGUGGGGGCUGUUUUCUAGGUGCCUUUAUUGUUCAACUUGCAUACUUUCUCUCAAGAGGUAAUUUCUACCCAAGCACAUUGCAUGAUGGGAAUCUGGAGAGGUUUUUCUUUCUCCUGGCUUUAUUGAUGGCCAUAAAUAGCCUACUGUUUUGGCAUGUAUCCCACAGGUACAUGGAUCUGAGCGUCCAGGGCAAAGCUCUGACCAUCAGCCCUUUGAACGAGAAGCUGCUACAUUACAAAUCCCGUCUGCGAUACUAUGACACUCUGGACUGCUCCUACACAAUCACCUCGGUUGACUCUGAUCUAUGACCCUCCCUAAUUCAGUUAAUAAUUCUUGGCAGUGCUGGCACUGCACUUUUUCAAUAUGUACACUGUGGGAAAUUUUAAACUGAAGUAUAGUGAAGAAUAGUGUAAAUACAUUUAAUGCAUUGUACAUUGUUAUAUAUUAUCUUGACAAGUAUAGAAAAAUAAAGAUAUAUUUUUUUAAAUGUUGAGCUUUAUUUGCCCUUUGAUUCAAUUACAACCAUGUAAAUUAUAAAUCAUAAUUUAAUCUGAAGAAAUGACUGGAAAUUGGGUUAGGUACAAAGUUAUUAGAUCACAUUUAUGUGAUUAAAGAAGUUUAAAUAGUACCAACAUAGAUUUGUCAUAAUAAGAGUCAUCCAAUGUAUCUUCCAAAGUCCCUUGAAUAUAUAUCUUGUCAGCAUACCACCAGAAAAUGGGUAAGGCGGAAAUAAAAUUUCCUAUAUCAGCAAAAGAAUUGCAGUAUAAUGCU